ACUCUCGUCACGAAAAAAUUGGCGGUUGAAUCAGAACGUUGUUCUCUUCAUUACCGUUUUGGAAUAGAUUCCUUCUCCUCUGUCUCUCUUACCAUAUAUACUCAUUCUUCGUUUUCAUCGCUUCUCUGGUAAGAUCAUCGAGAAAAAAGAAAAAAAACGAAAAAAGAUGGGAUUUUUCGGGAGUGUGCUGGGGAUCCUUGGUUUCGCAAUCGGAAUCCCUAUCGGACUCAUCGUUGGAUUCUUCGUCUUCGUCUAUUCUCAGCCUUCACACGAAGAGUAUCCACCAGCGAGGCCACUAGUUGAGACUAGCAUCACUCUCCUUCUCGAUCUUCUCCCUGAUAUGCCACUAUGGAUGAAGAAUCCUGACUACGAACGAGUGGACUGGUUUAACAGGUUUCUCUCAUACAUGUGGCCCUACCUCGAUAAGGCUAUUUGCGAGAUUAUCAAGAGCUCUGCACAACCCAUUUUUGCUGAUUACAUUGGGACUUUCUGUAUAGAAUCUAUAGAGUUCGAAACACUGAGCCUUGGAUCGCUUCCUCCAACGGUUCAUGGUGUUAAGUUCUAUGAGACCAACGAGAAGGAGCUUCUGUUUGAACCAUCAGUCAAGUGGGCAGGCAAUCCCAAUAUUGUUUUGGUGAUAAAGCUCAUGUCUUUACGAAUCAAAGUUCAGCUUGUUGAUCUCCAGAUUUUCGCUAUAAUGCGAGUAGCUCUGAAGCCUCUUCUGCCAACCUUCCCUUGUUUCGGAACGGUUGUAGUUUCAUUGAUGGAAAAGCCGCAUGUUGAUUUUGGAUUGAAAGUGCUUGGUGGGGAUCUCAUGUCCAUCCCUGGUCUCUACAGAUAUGUUCAGGAAACUAUUAAACGGCAAGUUUCAAGCAUGUACCAUUGGCCACAAGUUCUUGAGAUACCUAUUCUUGAUGCUUCAACAGCUUCUGUGAAGAAGCCUGUAGGGUUGCUUCAUGUGAAUAUCAUUAGAGCUCGCAAUCUCCUCAAGAAGGAUCUGCUUGGAACAUCUGAUCCUUAUGUCAAGCUUAGCUUGACCGGAGAAAAGCUUCCGGCAAAGAAAACCACUAUCAAGAAGAGGAACUUAAACCCGGAGUGGAACGAACACUUCAAGCUCAUAGUGAAGGAUCCAGUAUCACAAGUCCUUCAACUAGAAGUCUUUGACUGGGACAAGGUUGGUGGGCAUGAUAGAUUGGGAAUGCAGAUGAUCCCCUUGAAGAAAAUCAACCCUGGAGAGAAGAAGGUCUUUAAUCUGGAUUUGAUCAAGAACUCGAAUAUUGUUAUGGAUGUACCAGAGAAGAAACAAAGAGGGAAAUUAGAGUUAGACCUCAGGUAUGUGCCAUUCAGAGAUGAAAGCCUCAAGUACAGAAACGAUGUUCAGGAUGAGAAAUCAUCAGAGGACGAUGAUGAGUUUCUCAGCAAUGCUGGUCUACUCUCGGUUGCAAUCCAAUCAGCCAAAGAUGUAGAGGGCAAGAAGAUAUAUACAAAUCCAUACGCUCUUGUUCUCUUCAGAGGAGAAAAGAAGAGAACAAAGAUGUUGAGGAAGACAAGAGACCCGAGAUGGAACGAGGAGUUCCAGUUCACACUGGAAGAGCCACCACUGAAAGAGAGUAUACGCGUUGAGGUCAUGAGUAAAGGAACAGGCUUUCACUUUCGUUCCAAGGAGGAACUGGGACAUGUAGAUAUAAAUCUGGAUGAUGUUGUUGCCAAUGGAAGGAUUAACCAGAAAUAUCAUCUUAUCAAUUCAAGAAAUGGUGUUAUUCACAUUGAGAUCCGUUGGACCACUGGUUAAAUUGUAUAUUUGUAUGCACAUGAUAGAGUUCAUCAACAACUUAUUAUUAUUCAGUU